UUUUCCGUAUUUUGGGAGACCUACCGUAGUUACAUGUUAGAUGCUAAUUAAUUCAUGGCAUGUCCAAAUGAAGCAAUAAGGGCAAAGGUGGGACUUAUGAGGGUUGAAAGAGUAAUCCAUCAAUGGAACAACACAAAGACGGAUUCUCCAGUCUAUUUUCCCAAAUACUUGUAAGCAGCCAUCAUCUACAUAAUUCUUUGGGAUUACACUGCCUGUAAAACACACAAACUCCAAAACCACCCCAAGGAAGUUCUGCGAGGCAUGCUUAAAAAGGUUUCCAACGGCUUCUCUGCAUUCGAACAGCUCACACAGGAGGCCAUCAUGUACGGGACUCCAAUUCCCAACUCCAGUGAAAAAUACCUGAAUGACGGCAACGCUUGUGCCCUGGACCUCAGCCAGGAUUCUGUAUAUCUCCCAGUGCUCUACGGCCUGUUCUUCGUCGUCGGCACGCCUCUCAAUCUCAUGGCCCUGUAUGGCCUGUACCGCCUGAUCAAGUCCGAGCACGUCUUGCCGGUGUACGUGAUCAACCUGCUCCUCUCUGAUCUCCUCCAACUGUUCACCCUGCCUCUGUGGAUGGACUACUACAUCAGGGGGCACAGCUGGCGAUUCGGAUCGGCUUCUUGCAAGCUGAUGGGGGUCGUCUUCUACGUCAGCAUUUACGUGAGCAUCGUCUUCAUGUGUGUCAUAGCCGUGGAGCGGUACCUGGCCAUCGCCAAACCCCUGAGGUUCCACCGUCUGCGCAAGGUGAGGUUCGCCAGAUGGAUGUCCCUGAGCAUCUGGGUCAUCGUGGCGGUGCCGCCGUGCAUUGCCUUUAAUAUGCUCAACUUCGGCGGCAAACACACCAUGUGCAUCGAGAAGUAUCCGUCCGAGGAGAGGUUCGUCGUCUACCGACUGAUCACCCUGUCCCUAACCUUCAUCCUCCCGCUCGCCUUCAUCUUCUCCCUCUACUGGAAGACUCUGCGGGCCUUGUCGGCCACCAGCGCCUUGGCACCAGAGGAGAAGCAACGCAUCCGGGGCCUCCUCACCCUGCUGGUGGUCAUCUUCGUCGUCGUCCUCGGGCCGUACCACAUCACGGGCUGCGUGAAGUACGUCGGGCUUCUCCUCCACAGGGACAACUGCCAGUGGGAGAGGUCUGUGUUCAUGCCCUACCAGGUGGGCAGGGGCCUGCUGAGCCUGAACAGCCUGCUGGACCCGGUGCUGUACACUUUCAUGCGGAGCGAUUUCAGGGCGGCCUUGGGCCAUCACCUGCCCUGCAUGAGGCGGCGGCGGGGGUCCAGGUCUGCCGUGAGUGGACACAUGAGCACCUCCGGGACUGCUGUUAGCUUUUUCGGAUCACGCGACUAAACCCUGAUUCUGUCAAGAACCGGGGGGGG